AUGAAUGUUCCAGUGGCGUCCCUUGGGGUCUUGUGUCUCAACUCGAACGAGAGCCUGCUGGAGAUUCCAAUCCAGGAAUUGCAACGGAGGCACUCCGAAACGCGUCUGGGCAGCAGUGCGGGUACCGAUGGUCUGUCUGUGGGGGGCUUCGGGGGCGGCUUGGCACCCCCUAGGAGCCCCGAGCUACGCAGGCACUCUGAUGUGUCGCCUUCAUCACUCAAGGAACUCGAAAAGUUGAAAUCUGGAAAGCCAUCAUCUGAUCAGUCAUCGAAUAAACCAAUGAAACCUCUUGGCAGUCCGUAUGGUUCUACAGCUGAUGUCGGUCCGCCACAGGUACAGCGAUCCAGACGAGGAUCCCGAGUAUCACGACAACGCAGCUAUGAUGAAGAGGUGAAAGCAGCCAAAGGAAUCUCCCCCGGUGGCUCUCCAGCAACCGGUCCCGAUGGCUCCGCCGCUGGCCUGGGACUGCCUGCCCCUAUGCCGAGACGCGCCUCCGCCUAUGACGUGUUCGCUGGCGCACCGGGCGGCCUUCCAACCGUUGCAGGCCCGCCCAUGGGUAGAAGGGCAUCGUUCCGCGUUGCGCCACCCACUCCGGUCGAGCAACAGAGCCCGACCACCGAAAACGAUGUGGGCGGGCUCUCGAUGCCGAUCAUCACAGGCGCAGGGUUGGGGGGACCUGUACCGGAGAUCGGCGAAAGGAGGAUGUCGUGCAGGAGGGCAUCACAUAUGUAA